CUCGCUCGGCUGGCCUAAACAUGCACGCGAAUUGGUCACGCAUGCAGCGCUUAACAUCCCAAUCAGCAGAUUGGUCGCCUGCUAAUGUGAAUUCGUGCACGACCUCUGCAGCGACUAGCGAAGCGAAUCAUAACCCAUCAAGAAUCUCGUUAUCUCCUUAUCAAGCGUCGGCAAGGGUGCUGCAAGUUGGAAGAAUUACUUUUUUCGGCAACUAGUUGACAAGCGGCGGAUCGGUAAUUACCUAUCGGGGCUUGGCCUGCGCCUCGGUCUAUUGACCGGGGAAUCCGACGCUACUUUAUCUGUCACCUGCUGAGUCGUUUUGUGGAGAUUAUCCCGGCUGCUAUCUACUAUCUCCCACACCUAUUUGAAGACGGACAUGGGCCCUUACUUUCCACAAUCCCCACAACAACACGCGCAUUCGAUCACAUCUUCAGUUUCUACCAUCAAAUAAACCUUCUACUAUAUACCUGUUACCCCUUAUACAUAAUCUAUCGUCAUGCCUUCUGUUGUUUUCGACGUUGUGGGAACAUGUUUCUCUUACGAUAACGGUGCCGAAGCUCUCCAGGCUCGUCUCGGUCCCAAACUAGCCAAAUAUGGCAUUCCCUCCAAGCUCCUUUUCUACUCCUGGGUCUGCUCCACUGAGCGUGACUAUUCAUACCUCUCCCAGAUCAAACAAUACAAGGCUUUCUUCGCCAUCCUUUCCAACACUCUCACACGAGUUCUCUUUCAAGCCGGUGUCCCCGUUGAAGCUCUUGACGACUUUUUCACGGCCGACGACGUUGACUACAUCAUGAACGAAUAUAAGAAGCUCAAGGCCAGACCGGGAUUGGCAGAGAUGAUGCAAACUCUGAGGGAUGGGGGUUUUGAGGUCUGGUGUUGUUCCGAUGCCAAUGUCGAUCGAGUCAAGGGCUACUUUGACAAUGCUGGUGUCGAGAUGCCCCUUGACCACAUUCUCUCAGCAGACAUGGUCAAGGCUGGUAAGCCUGAGGCUGCUGUUUACAAGUUUGCUCGGGAAAAGGCUGGCUCCGAUCAACCGGGAGAAGUUUCUGUCUUUGCUGCUUCUCAUGCUUGGGACUGUGCUGCUGCCAAGGCUGCUGGUUUCCUCACUGCCUACACCACUACUUACGAGUACGAUGAAUGCGAGGUUAUUUUCGGCAAGUCUGAUUUGGUUGCCCCUGAUCUUGUCUCCUUAGGCAAGGGUAUCGUUGAGAAGUGGGGUAAGAAGUAGAAUUAAAAUAGUUGUAAAUUGAUAACAACAGUGCUUAAUGUUGGUUCCGAUAAUAUUUCCUUUUGGCAUAUGCAUGGGC